GCGACCUCAAGUGUUAACUUCUCCCGUGGCUGUUAGGCUGCUUCGUGUGGAUAAAAGCUUUUACAGAGGCAAAAAGUGUGCAAGUAAACUUCUGUAGCCGUAGGCUCGCCUCGAGCCCGAGAAACACAGGAAGUGCACCGGUUGCCGAGACAACCACAAGCGUCUCUUCAGCCACAGACGUAGACAAGCUCGAAGGCGUUUGAAUGGAAUAAUAUAUUAUCAGUGCCUAACUCAACUGAAAUGUUUUAAUUUAAUUCCAGAAAAAUGUCACUCGAUGACCCACGCGUGAAAUAUCUACGAGAUCGCGUGUGUGCCUGUUUUAAUCUUGACAGCCUCAGCUAUUUUGAGGACUUGUUGGGUCGUGGGAAUGGCGACGACGCGCAAAAAAUAAACCGUUUUUUGAACGAGAUCACUGAAGAAGAGGGGGUUUCUACGCCUCUGUUUUCCAAGUGUUUAAGGGAAGAAGAGGUUGAAUAUGAAGUACCAGUUGGAGCAGCCGGAGCUGGACAGGUUGUUUGAGAAGUAUGUCCCCAUGUGCAUCGACACGAUCGUGGACGGAGUUGUGGAUGGCAAGCAGGAGGAGAAGCUCAAGACCAUCGUUCCCCAGACUGACUUAAACAUGGUGCUGGACGGGCUGGAUGAGGAAACAAUGAGGGAACAACUGGGUAUAUUAUCUGCAGAUGUAUACAGAUGGUGCAUAAGAUCACUCACUCAACUCGGCAAGACGUAA